AUGCGCAUGCGCACACACACGCUGCUGUCAACAGAGAUGGCGCUGCGCGAAGGAGCUCUACGUUUAAAUCUGCUGGUCCACAGCCGUCAUUUCUACAAAUUCACUUCAGUAGUUGGUGUCCGGUCGUUGUCUGAAAAUGUGUCAUCUAAACCCGUAACAGCCAGUCCCACAGAGACCACGGGUGACCAUUUAAUCUACACACAAGAGCACUUUGCAUUAAAGGAGUCCCUCAGAAAGAUCAUCGACCAGGAGAUCAACCCCCAUGUAGAUCAGUGGGAAGCAGAAGGCAAGUUUCCAGCCCAUAAAAUCUUCAAAAUCUUAGGAAGUGCCGGCUUUCUGGGAGUCAACAAACCAGUUGAGUAUGGAGGCUUGGGACUGGACUUUAGCUACAGCGUAGCAGUGGCAGAGGAGCUGGGCAACAUCCACUGUGGAGGGAUCCCCAUGGCCAUCGGUGUACAGACUGACAUGACUACUCCUGCACUGGCCAGGUUUGGUUCAGCCGAGCUAAAGAAAGAGUUCCUCCUUCCCUCCAUCAUGGGGGAUAAAGUGGCCUGCCUUGGAGUUAGUGAAGUUGGAGCUGGCUCUGAUGUCUCAAGUAUUAUGACCAAGGCGGUGAGGAAAGGGGAUGAAUAUGUGAUCAACGGGGGAAAGAUGUGGACCACCAACGGCACCCAGGCUGACUGGAUGUGUCUUCUCGCCAACACCAGUGACGGGCCCCCACACAGGAACAAAUCUCUCAUCUGUUUGCCCAUGAACCUGCCGGGAGUGCACAUUGCCCGCAAAAUUGAUAAACUGGGUAUGUGGUCAUCAGACACAGCUGAAGUGUUUUUCGAUGAUGUCCAUGUUCCCUGCAAGAACAUCAUUGGCCAGGAAGGCAUGGGCUUCACCUACCAGAUGCUUCAGUUCCAGGAAGAGCGGCUCUGGGCAGUGGCCAAUAUCUUGACAACGAUGGACAGCAUCAUUCAGGACACCAUCCAGUACACGAGGCAGAGGAAGAUCUUCAAGCAGCCUGUCCUCUACCACCAGUCAGUUCACUUCAGGUUGGCUGAGCUGCAGACGGAGGUUGAGCUGCUCCGCUCUCUCCUCCACCGUGCUACGGCAUUAUACAUUAAAGGCAAUGAUGUCACCAAGCUGGCAUCCAUGGCCAAAUUGAAGGGGGGCCGUCUGGCCCGAGAAGUUAGUGACACCUGUCUCCAGUACUGGGGAGGAAUGGGUUUCACCAGUGAUGUGAUGGUCAGCAGAUUUUACAGGGAUUCCCGGUUAAUGUCAAUUGGUGGAGGGGCUGAUGAGGUCAUGCUGGGAAUCAUCUGCAAGUACAUGGACACAUUACCCAAGAAAUGAUGUCAUCAACAGCUGACCCUGGGACUGAUGUCACAAGUCUAAUAAUAAUGGGCUAAUUAGUCAUAAUAAAUGCUAAAAAAAAAAAUUUUUUUAAAUCACAUAAGUGCAGUUGAUAUGUCUAAACUCGGCAAAGUAGGACUUUUUGCAUUUUGCCUUUGUUUUAACAAUAGUGUAUAUGUUCAGAAAAAAAUCUUUAUGUGCUCAAACAAACAGAAUAAUGAAGCUUGUUGUGUAAUUUGUGUUCAUUUAAAUUUUGAUUAUCCUUUUAAGAAUGAACCAAUUUUUUUAAAUAGACAAAACUAAAUAAUGUGUAAAACUGUUGUGUAAAAUACAUACCCAGCAAAGAUUCUCACCUUGUGGUAUCAUUGAGAAAUUUAUAAAACCAAUUGAAAUCCCGG